UCACGUGGGCGUUCCUCCUUUGCUGCUUUUGAUUACUUGUCAGACGGUUGUGUGUUUAGCUUCUCUCAUCCUUGCAAGGCCACUCAGCCAUGUGCUAACUGGAGUCAUCUUUGUUCACAAUGUCUUUACAAAGGCUACUGCAGCAGAGCAGCAAUGGCAACUUGCUGGACUAUGGUGCUGGCCUGGCGUGUAGCCCUUACUCCACCGCGCUCCCCGGCAGCCUGACCAUGGACGAUAACAGAAGAAUUCAAAUGCUGGCAGACACAGUGGCCACGCUGCCUCGGGGGAGGAAGCAGCUUGCUUUGACCAGAUCAAGUUCUUUAGGUGACUUUUCCUGGUCUCAACGAAAGCUCGUUACUGUGGAAAAGCAGGAUAAUGGAACCUUUGGAUUUGAAAUUCAGACAUACAGGCUCCCAAAUCAGACCACCUGCUCCUGGGAAGUGUGCACUUUGAUAUGCAAAAUACAGGAGGACAGCCCCGCUCACUGCGCUGGCUUGCAAGCUGGUGACGUCCUUGCAAAUAUCAAUGGCGUGAGCACAGAAGGCUUUACUCACAAACAAGUGGUUGACCUGAUCAGAUCGUUGGGAAAUCUGCUAACGAUAGAGACUCUUAAUGGAACAAUGAUUCUCAAAAGAACAGAACUUGAAGCAAAGCUGCAGGUUUUAAAGCAAAGCUUGAAGAAAAAAUGGGUGGAGCUCAGAUCGCUGCAGUUACAGGAACAGCGCCUACUUCAUGGCGACGCAGCCAACUGCCCGAGUCUGGAAAGCGUGGACGUGGAGGAACUGUCCCUGUUUGGAACUCUCCCUGGGCCAGGCCCGGUCCUGGGGGACCGGAAUCGAUUGUCCAGCGCGAGCAGCUGUAAGAGCUGGCUGAGCUCGAUGACCAUGGACAGUGAGGACGGCUACCAGACGUGCGUGUCCGAGGACUCCAGCAGGGGCGCCUUCAGCCGCCAGACCAGCACGGAUGACGAGUGUUUUGUCCUCAAGGACGGUGAGGAUUUUCUGAGGAGGUCUUCCCUAAGGAGAGACCGCAGCAUCAGCACCACCAGCAGCGGGUCCAUGUCUCCCUUGUGGGAAGGCAACUUCGCAAGCCCGUUUGGGACCCUGCCUCGCAAGAGCAGGAAGGGCAGCGUCCGGAAGCAACUCUUGAAAUUCAUCCCUGGUCUUCACCGCGCUGUGGAAGAGGAAGAGAGUCGCUUUUGACCCUGCGGUGGUGCCCUUUUCAAAUUAGCUUAUUGCAUAAGUAUCUCAAGACUCCACUAGAUCAACUUCCACUCAGCUUGGUGGGAAAGUACAGAUGGAUCGCUACACUGGCACCCCCUUUCACAGCAACAGUGACCUUUAUUUAAAUCUGUGUAUCUUAUUUUUUUUUUUUUUUUUUGCAACUGAGGUUCUGUUUUAACUAGAACAGCGGUUCUAAGCAAACAUUAGAGAAAUUAAAUAAGUCAGAUAAUACAACAAAUCAGUGCAAUUGGCUGUUCAUUCUACUGCCUGUAAAAGCAAGAGUGAUCUUUAUUAUUUUUUGGGUUAUUCUUGUGAAAAAUGGAGAACUUUUUGGAGUUAAGUGUGAAUAAAAGAGUAGCAAAAUAGAAUUUCUGGGCUACAUUCCACAGGAUAAUUGGUAGGUCGCAAAUUCUAAUGUUUGCUUAAGCUUAGUAGCUCCUGGGAAGGGGUCAUAAUAGGCAAUUUGGAAUGUUUCUGUUCAAAUCUAAGAAUGGGUUAGAAACAAAGGUGACCAUCAGCCUUUUCUCCUGUUCAUAGUAACAAUCAAGCAGGAAGUAGAAGAUUUAAUAUAAGGGGUUAAGCUUCAUGAAUAACAUGGAAAGAUGUCUGAGAUGGGCACUGAGGAAGAUUAUAAUAAGUCUCUUUAACUGGCAGUCUAAACAAAGUGUGUGGGAAUCUCAGCUGUCUUGCCUAAUUUGACUUUUGUUCUACCUGACCAUUGAUGAUGCAUCUAG